AGGCGGCCGAGUUUGCCGCCGCCAGAGUCCGGCCCCCGGCGGGAGGAGAGCGGGAGGAAGAACCAUAUUGAAAAUCUAAUGGAUGAAGAUGAGAAGGACAAAGCAAAGAGGGCUUCGCGGAACAAGUCUGAGAAAAAGCGCCGGGAUCAAUUCAAUGUUCUCAUCAAAGAGCUUAGCUCCAUGCUCCCCGGCAACACGCGCAAAAUGGACAAAACUACAGUGCUUGAAAAGGUCAUUGGAUUUUUGCAGAAACACAAUGAAGUUUCAGCGCAAAUGGAAAUCCGUGACAUCCAACAAGACUGGAAGCCCUCAUUUCUCAGUAAUGAAGAAUUCACCCAGCUGAUGUUGGAGGCAUUGGAUGGCUUCAUCCUCGCAGUGACCACAGAUGGAAGCAUCAUUUAUGUCUCUGACAGUAUUACACCUCUCCUUGGUCAUUUACCGUCAGAUGUCAUGGAUCAGAAUUUGUUAAAUUUCCUUCCAGAACAGGAACAUGCGGAAGUAUAUGAAAUGCUCUCUUCUCAUAUGCACGUGACUGAUUCUUCCUCUCCAGAAUAUGUAAAAUCUGGCAACGAUUUAGAGUUCUACUGUCAUCUUCUCAGAGGCAGUUUGAACCCAAAGGAAUUUCCAACAUAUGAAUACAUAAAGUUUGUAGGAAAUUUUCGCUCUUACAGCAAUGUGCCUCACCCUCCUUGCAAUGGCUUUGAUGGUGCUGUACCUCGGACCUACAGGACAUCACUAGGAAAGCAAACCUGCUUCAUCGCUACGGUUCGUCUGGCCACCCCUCAGUUUUUAAAGGAAGCAUACCUUGUUGAAGAACCUCUGGAGGAAUUCACUUCAAGACACAGUCUGGAAUGGAAGUUUUUAUUUCUGGAUCACAGAGCUCCACCGAUCAUAGGAUAUUUGCCUUUUGAAGUCCUGGGUACUUCUGGCUAUGAUUAUUAUCACAUAGAUGAUCUAGAACUCUUAGCCAGGUGCCAUGAACACUUGAUGCAGUUUGGCAAGGGAAAAUCUUGCUGCUACCGGUUUCUGACCAAAGGACAGCAGUGGAUCUGGCUCCAGACCCAUUACUACAUCACCUACCACCAGUGGAACUCAAAACCAGAGUUCAUUGUGUGCACACACACGGUUGUGAGCUACGCAAACGUUCGGGUGGAACGAAGGCAAGCGCUGACUUUGGAAGUCAUAACUGAUGAAGUUGCCAUUGUAUCAGCACUAAAGGACCGAGGGCCAGACCCGAACACCCCCCAGCAAGCGGGGGCUUUGGGACUCAGCGCGAGCCAAUCUCCCUCCCCAUCUUCAAGGAGCUCCCACAGAUCCUCUCCGCCAUCCGCGUCUCAGCCCACGUCCACUGCAACCAAGCAACUCUCCAACUCCCUCACUCCCUCCCUGCCAAGAACAGCCAGCCAGCAACAGGACUCGACCCUGCAGAGACUCGACCAACCUGCCCUGUUGUCGGCUUCUUUGCCUUUCCCAUCACCCUGUGAACUGCUUCCUCUGCAGUUGCUGCCUCGAUCUCUUUUCCAGAGCCCACCAGCUCCCCUGGCCCAGUUCUCAGCCCAAUUUAGCAUGUUCCAGACCCUCAAGGACCAGCUGGAGCAGAGAACCCAGAUUCUGCAGGCCAGCAUUCGAUGGCAGCAGGAAGAACUUCAGAAAAUCCAAGAGCAGCUCUGCUUGGUCCAGGACUCCAGCAGCCAGAUGCUGUUGCAGCAGCCGACCUUAUCCCUGAGCUUUAAGAGUGUGCAGCAGCCCGAGCGGUGCCAGCAACAGGCCCGUCGUGUCCCCAGCCCUCGGCUGCCAGAGCCAACCGCACCUUCCCAAAGGGCCCGCCAACAGCCAGUUGGGGAACCCAUCACUCUCUCCAGCCAGGCCCCAAAGCUGAUAAGAGACCCCCAAGUGGGGCAGAGCGGCCAGUCCACAGCGCGCAGCGGGUCUCCCCAGCUCGGCAGCCCACCCGCCCUCCUUCCGCAGCCCUUCGGCCUGGUCACACCUGCUGCCGGUGCCCGUGGUGACAGCCCAGGCCAACCCAGCCCAGAUUUCAGCCAGGACCGGCAGCUGAGGCUACUGCUCAACCAGCCUAUCCAGCCGAUGAUGCCUGGCUCCUGCAAUGCUCAGAGGCCCUCUGAUGUCACUGGAGCUGGAUCCCCCGUGAAGUAUUCCCCGAGCCAGCCUGUGUUCCCGAGCCUGGAAGUACAGACCACCGGCAGCCACGCCGUGACGCCCGUUGUGCUGAUGGGACAAGCCGUGUUCCACCCUGGCUUUAUUCCUGCCCAAGUGCCACCCUUUCACCCCGUGCAGCCCCACCAUGUUCAGCAGCAACCAUUUCUUCAGGCGCAGACGCCGACUCCUCUGCCCGGUGACCACAACGUCCUGCUCCUGUCUUCGUACUCUCAGCAGCAAGGGGCCGUGGGACCCCAAAACAUUCCCCAACAGCAGGCCCACGGUUCCCAGAGGCCGAGCAGCCUCGAGUCUCUAAACCUUUAGCAGUCACAGCAGGAGAAAAACCAGUCAGCUUUAACCAAUGGACUUCGGGUGGGAUCCGGGAGGAGGGAGAAAUUUAGCAUUACAGUCAGGGGAAAGUGGGGGAAAAAAAAUGGUUUGAAAUUUAAGUCUUGCCUUUGGCCCGUGAGCACAGUUCAAAGCUCCAGGCUGGUCUCAGAGCCCAGGGCGCAGGCUACGGUAGAUAGUGCAAUUAAAAAAACCUUUGAAGUUCCUCUGGGAGUGAGUUUUUCCAAUCUGGCGGAUCUCUAAUGUUCCAGGCAGUCAAUCAAUCAAUCAAUCAAUCAUCAAUCAUAUUUAUUGAGCGCUUACUGUGUAGCAGGCAAGCCCUCUAGGGCUACUAGGCCGUCUCUAGUUUCCGUUUUUGUUUUUCAUUUUCAGUUGCCGCCACCUGCUACUUUUAUUCCCAGGUUUUAAAUUAAAGAACCAGAGAGUAGACAGGUUACAUCGGGCCAAA